AUGACUUAUAAGGAAGAAACUGGCGACUUGUUUUUGGGGUUUGACUUGUCUACCCAACAAUUGAAGAUUAUUGUCACCAACGAAUCGCUUAAGGCUUUAGACACGUAUCAUGUGGAGUUUGACGCGCAAUACAAGGAUAAAUAUGGCAUCAAGAAAGGUGUGAUUGCCAAUGAUGAAACCGGCGAGAUCAUUUCCCCGGUUUCAAUGUGGCUCGAUGCCAUUGACUAUGUUUUUGGCUUGAUGAAGAAAGAUGGCUUCCCUUUCGAAAAGGUGCGUGGUCUCAGUGGUUCGGGAAUGCAGCAUGGCUCCGUAUUUUGGUCCAAAGAUUCUGCAGAGCUUCUUGCAAACAUGAACAAGCAUUCUAACUUGUCUGAGGCCUUGAAAGGUGCUUUUGCUACGGAAAACUCUCCAAACUGGCAGGAUCACUCCACAGGCAAGGAGAUCGCGGACUUCGAGGAAGUGGCUGGUGGUCCUGACGAGCUUGCCCAAAGAACAGGUUCUAGGGCCCACUACAGAUUCACUGGCUUGCAGAUCAGAAAAUUGGCCGUCAGAACCGCACCGGAAGUGUACAAAAACACGGACAAGAUCUCCUUGGUGUCGAGUUUCGUUGCAUCCGUGUUGCUUGGUAAGUUCACUCCUGUUGAAGAGGCUGAUGCCUGUGGAAUGAACAUCUACAACGUGGCUAAAUCUGCUUACGAUGACGAGUUGGUGGCUUUGGCCGCAGGUGUCCAUCCAAAGUUGGAUAAAGCUAGCGAGAAGGAGACUGAAGAAGGCGUGGCUGAGUUGAAGAGAAAGCUCGGUUCUAUCGUUCCUGUGACCUACGAAUCCUUGGGUUCGAUCUCGUCUUACUUUGUCAAGAAGUACGGAUUCUCGCUGGAAGCUCAGAUUUACUCUUUUACGGGAGAUAACCUUGCCACCAUUAUUUCAUUGCCUUUGCAGCAGAACGACAUUUUGAUCUCGUUAGGUACAUCCACCACAGUUCUUCUCGUUACUGAGCAAUACAACCCAUCAUCACAAUACCACUUAUUCAAACAUCCGACUUUGAAAAAUGCAUACAUGGGUAUGAUUUGCUACUGCAAUGGAGCAUUAGCUAGAGAGAAGGUACGCAACCAGUUGAAUGAAAAGUACAAUGUCGAGAAGGAUUCAUGGGACAAAUUUAACGAGAUCUUGGACGCUACCCAUGGCUUUGACCGCAGGCUUGGAAUUUACUUUCCAUUAGGAGAAAUCGUUCCUAACGCAUCGGCCCAAUUCAAGAGAUGUAAACUUGAGGAGAACGGAGAAGUGGAACAGGUUGACCAAUGGGACGUGGAGAAUGAUGUGAGCUCCAUUGUGGAGUCGCAAACCAUUAGUUGCAGAAUGAGAGCAGGUCCAAUGUUGAGCAGCUCGGGAGGCGCUUCCACUGCAACACCCCCCGCAGAAGAUGAAGAAUUGAAAGAGCUCUAUCAUCAGUUGCACUCGCAGUUCGGUGAUAUAUACACCGAUGGAAAGAAACAGAACUUUGCUUCCUUGACUUCAAAGCCUCGCAAGGUAUACUUCGUUGGUGGUGCUUCCAGAAACACUAGUAUUAUUCGAAAGAUGGGUUCUAUUUUCGGUGCCACAGAGGGCAAUUACCAAGUCGAGAUUCCAAAUGCAUGUGCAUUGGGUGGAGCAUAUAAGGCCAGCUGGAGUCACAGCUGUGAAAAGCGUGGGCAAUGGAUUGAUUUUAACGAGUAUCUUCAGGAGGAUUUUGACUUCGGUGAGGUUGACAAGUUCCAAGUCGAUGAUGAAUGGGCCAAUUAUUUCCCUGCUAUGGGUCUUUUGGCAUCUAUGGAGCAACAGCUUAAACACGAUUAG